AGCGAUGCUAUCACUGAUAUCAUCAUGGAUGAAUUAAAGAACAUAUGGAUUCUCUACUCAUACCAACCAUACAUAACAUAACCAUGUUCGAAAUAUGCUGUGGUGUGUACACAGUCGGAAGCGUCAUGACGCCCUUUGUACUUUGUAGUCAUGGCGUCGUCUGCUUAUGUCUAGUCGCGUUUUGAAAAAAAACAAAUACAAAAUCGUUCAAGUAUUUUGUUUAAUCGCGUUUCUCGUGGCAAAUUGCGCGUUCCGUUUAUGUACCGAAUAAUUUCCCCGGUUAUUGGUUUUUAAGUAUAGUAAUGUGUUUUAACUUGUAGUGGUAAAGGUUCUUCUGUUGUAUGGUUUGAAAUCGGCUGUAUUCAUAUUCACGUGUAUACUAUAGUGUUGGGUGAAUCCAUCAUGGCCGCCCUAAAAGAAGUAAUGCACACUAUUAGUUCACAGCGCAUAUCCAAUCAGUGGUUGGAAUCAAACUGUGACAAGUCUGGUGGUUUUUUGAUGAGGGGACAAUAUGUAUGGUUUGCUUUUGGUGCGAAUAUUGUCCUUUAUUCAAAACAACUCGGGUUCAUCUUAUCUUCUCGAUCAUUUGACAGUGACCAAAAGGAUAAAUCUUUUAAGGUUUGCAUUACACACACACACACAUAUAUAUAUAUAUAUACUUAUAUGAAUACCAUGUAAUAUAUAAUCUAUUAUUAUGUAGAACAAUAAUCAUAAGGGAAAAAAUAAAUAUUCAGUGGCAUGUAGGAUUGUGGAAAAAGCCAUCCAUUGAUGACACAUGCCAACAUGAAUAUUUACAUCUCCAUUUUAUAAUUUAUUAAUAUUACCAUAAUACUAUUUAAGUAUGAGUAUGUAUGCCACCAAGCGAAGUUAAAUUAUCGCACUUAAUUAAAUACAUUAUAAACAAUUUCUAAUGGAUAUAAAAAAAAAUUAAUUGCUUCACCCGCAAUAUUUUUUACAAUCAAAUCAUAUAAUAUAUAUACUACGCAAUCAAUUGUUAAAAUAAUAUAUCUAUUCAUAUUAUAACAAUUUGUUAAAUGUACUACUCUUAACAGUUAAUUUCUUGAUCAUAUCAUUUGAAUUCAAUUGUAUUCAGUAAAUCUUUUUCAAUAUUCAACAGUAUUAAACUUUCUAAAAUGUCUUUGCCCAAUGUAUUUCUUAAGUAGUUUUUUUAUGUAUUUCAACUUUGAAAAACUUUCACAUCCUACUUGUGUCAUAGAUAAUACCAGCAUUAGUUUAUACGCAAUAAAAAGACGGAUAUACAUUUAUGUGUACAUUGUACUGAUAGAGGAGCUACUUUAGGGAGGUUAAUUUUAUUUUUCUCAUGAGUUUUCUUAAUAAAUUGGAAAAACAAGAAAAUAGGUACAAUAUUAAACAGAUAUUUUGAAGAAAAUUUAUAAUGUAUAUGUAAUUGUUUUACCAUAAUAUGACAUAUGUAUAGUUGAUAAAACAACACUAUCAACCGAACUUCGCUCAGAAUCGUUUUUUCUUUAGCAAUGGUUAAUCAUUGCUUACAGACAUACAUUAAAUUACCUAUAACAGUGGCUACACUUAUAUCAAUUAUACUAAGAUAUCAGCUUUUUUUAUUUUACUGACAAUUUUUAUAAAUUUUGAACAGCCCUACCUGAACUAAAUUUUUGAAUACAGCCUGUAUAUGGUUAUCAAUGCGUAUUAUGCAGAGUCCCUUAAUGGAUUAUACAAUUAAUAUUACAAAUACCUACUCAUUAAUAUUGUACAGUCGCCGGCCAUUACUCUAUUAUAAUAAAAAUUACAAUUUCAUUUUUAAAUUUUUGAGAUUGUGGUCCAUUGGGACCUUUGAGUGUAAUAUUGAUGGGGGUCUACUGGGAAAGUUCCGAUUUGCAAAUAGGUCUAUCUGCCUAUGCUAAAAUGUAUUUGUGGAAAUUGUCUGUGUUGGAGAGUAAAAGUAAUGUGGACAGAUUUGUUUUUAUUGAUUUUGACGUGCCAGUUAGAGUACCAUUUGGGAUAGAUUAUUUAGGUGAUUUUGGAGAUAAGCUAAGAUUACAAAAAGGUCAGUAUGGAGGAAAUUAUUUUGUAUUCAUAUGGGUGUGUUAAUUUACUGAUUAUGUAUUAAAGAGUGUUGGGGAUGUAAGUGCAUUUUAAGGAACAUCAGCUAAAAAUAGGAAAAUACGUGAAACUUUUGUUCUGGCUCUGAUAGCGAAGUGACAUUUGCUUAGGUAUGAUUUAAAAAAUAGGUAAUAUAAAGGGGUAUUUUUUUAAAUUAAGCUAGUAGUUUAAUAUAUUAUUUACUGUAACUUCAUUGAUUUCAGAAAAUCUGAUUUUGGUUCAUUAUACUUACUAUUUUGUAGGUACCUAUACUAUAUUAGAGUGGUACUUAUUUUGCCAAUCUCAAAUUUCUUCCAGGAUACCCGCCCAUCUUGUGCCAUUAAAUAAAAAUUUGAGGUCAUUUGGAUAAUAUUUAGUGGAGGUGCACAGAGUUUUAAUAUUUAAUAAGAAAACAUUAAUAAUAUAAAUGAAAAUUUUGUGAAAAAUCUAAGUAUACCCAAAUGUACUUAAAAAUUCCGAAAAUCAGAAUUUUAAUUUAUGCACAAUUUAAAUAUACAAAUGGAAUGAGCAUAAUUAAAUCUCUGUAUAUUAUAUUAUAUCUUCAUAAGUAUAAAAAAAGAUUAUGUAAACAAUAAUUGUUCUUAAAAAUUAUCCAUAUCUCCUCCCCAUCCCAUUAUAAAAUCAUUUGACCGUUACUGGAUUUAUUAGAAUUUUUUAUUUUGUUUUUCAUAAAAAAACAACCUAUUUUAAUGUCUUUUUUUAUACCACAUACACAGGGAUUAGAUUUUUUAAAAGUUUCAGAAUUCAAUUGAAACUUAAUGAAAUUACCAACUAUUUCUACACUAAAAUGGUUUUAGUUAUAAUAUUAAUAAAUUACAGCCAAAUCACAAAUCAAUAUAACGCCAACCUUGGAUACUUGAAAAAUUUUGCAAUUCAAAUUUAAUUUUGGCCCCUAAAUAUUCUCAUAAAACUCAACGUAUCUAUCUCUCGAAAAACAAAAUAGUAAUAAACAGCUUAUUAAUUUUUUAGCGUCUUCAAUUAAUAUAUUCUUAAGUGUGGUAUCAAAAAAAAAACAUUAAGAUUUUAGGAUUAAAAUAUGUCCUUUGUUUUUUUAUUUAAAAAUUAAUUCUAAAUGACCUAUAAUCCGUUGUACACUAUUUUCAUUGAUUUCAUGCAAUUUUUUUGAUAUAAAAUAUUAAAAAAUUGUGCGCCUCCACUAAUAUUACCCAAAUUACUUCAAACUUUAUAGAUGUUUAUAAGUAGUUUAUAAAGAGUAGGGUUCUACCCAUAGUAAAAAAAAAUAGAGACUGAUUUAUUUUAAAAUUAUGUUAUUUGUAAUACAUGAAUGAAAAUUUGUGGUGUUAACUCCAUUUAACUUUUAAAACUACAUACACUGUAUUAUGAUGUCCAUUCAUAACAAUUUGAUUUUAUUUUUUACUAAGAAUUGAUUUAUUACCUAAUUUAUUAAAAAACUAAAAAAUAAUAAUAAUUUGUUACCAUACUUGUUAUCAAACAAGAUAGCUACACUUGGCUAACAUAAUUUGAUAAGCAUUUAUAAUAGAUUAUUUAUUUGUUUAUUUAUUUUAAAUUAUCCCUUUAUUGUAGCAUAAGUAAUAAUAAUAAUCAAUAUAAUUGUUUUUUUUUUAUAUAAAUUUGUAAUUAUUUACCUAUGUAGUAUUUAAGAAUCUAUAUGAAAUUUAGAUUCUUAUUUGUAAUUUUAUUUUAACAAAUUAUUUUCUUUGUUUUUAUUUUUUUUUUAUUUUAGAUUACCUCUGUUAAAGAAUUAUAUAACAACAAAAAAACAAAUAAUUUUCUUUUGGUUGGAUGUUCUUUUAAAUCUUCUGGGAAAUUAUUUGUAUGUCAAUUGCCCACUUUGACUACAAUUCGGUGUAUUGAACUACCAUGGCCGGUAUAUUAUUUUUUAUCUUAAUUUAUUAUUUUUGUAUUUUAAAAAUGUAUUACAUAAAAUAAUGUAUAUUUAGAUAUCUUAUAUUGAUAAAAUUAAAAAUAACUCACAUACUGAAGAUCAAUUUUGUGAUGAAUUUAAAUUAAUGUCUACUAUAUUGCUAGUUGGUAUGGUAACAGGAGCAGUUUAUGCAAUUGAUUUAAGACAAGAUGAUAUUGAAGAAGGUAAGCUGAUCAAAUAUUAUAUUCUUAUAUUUUAUAGCUACCUAAUUAUUUCAUAAAUAAAAGAUCAAUUUUAAUUUAAAGAAUUAAGACAUAAUGGAGUUAUUGUAAAUGAAUCACGACCUAAUAAAUUACUUAUGAUUAAAAAAAAUGAUUGCCAAGAAAUUAAAGAAAUGCGUGGUGAUACUAAUUGCCAUCUGGCUAUGUUUAUUAAUGGUAAAGUUAAAUGAAUAAGUAAUAUAAUUUAUUGUUAAAAGAAAUUGUUAUUAAUUAUUAUCUCAUAUCUAGAAAAAUUUCAUACCUACUGUAAAAAGCAAUUCACUAACAAAUUGAAAUUAAGUGUAUCUUGUCUAAUGUUCAUUGAAGAAAUUAAUACUAUUGCAAUGGGUUUCUCUACUGGACAUUUCCAACUAUGGGACUGUAAAAUUAAGCGUACAAUGUAUGUAUUUUAUAAACAUAAUAUAUUUUUUGUUCCAAAAUAUUAGUUUUUAUAAAUAUGAUUUUAUGUGAUAAUGUUUAUUAUUUAUAAAGAUAAAUUCAGGUAAUUGUAUUUUUAUUUUCUUAGAUGUUCACUAGAAGAACCAAAUUGUUUUAUGCCAAUAACUCAUAUUAGUUUUCUUGAACCAUCUGAUGAUCCAAAUAACCUAUGUUAUCUUUGGGUUAUUCAAUCUGAUAAUUCUAAGCUCCCAAGUGCGACUAUGAUUGGAUUAAAUUAUAAACAUAGAAUUAUGAUGCCCAAUGGUUUUUCAUCAUACAGAGUUAGUUACUUUUUAAAAUUUUUACAAUGUUUAAUACUAAUCUAUGUCUAUCUAUAAAAAGACGUAUGCAGGAAAUGGUAUAAAACUACAAGUUAAUUUAAAAAAAGAAUCUGGAAUUGGUCGUUGUAUUUCUGCAUUUUCAAUGUGUAACAUGAAUCCAUUCAGAGAUGAAAAUGGUAACUUAAUAAUUUGUAUUAUAAUUAAUGACUUAAAUAAUAAUUUUAGAUUCUGGACAUAAAGAGGAAUGAGUUGGUUUUACCAUAUGUGUAUGAACAACUUUUCUAUAGAAGUCUUGUUCCACUCAAAAGCUGAUUAGAGAUUUUUUUGUAGCAAUACAGAUCUUAUAGUUGCAUUGGGAAAGUUGGUUUUUGAUUUUUCAUGUAGUUUUUUAAUGACUGAGAAAAUCUAUACGAGAAAAGUGACAGUUAAAAGCAUUGAUAGUUUAAUUAUUUUCAAUUUGGUCAAGGCUAAAUGUUUGAAAAUUUAACAUUAUCAUAAAUUGUAUUUGAUGGUAAAAAAAAAAGUUGAGCAUUAUGUAGGUUUUUAUAUAAACUACUUAAGUUCAAAUUUUGGUGAAAAAUUAGAGGCAUUUUUUUAAUAUGUUAAACCCAAACUCAGAAAUGUAUUUUAUCUGCAUUGUUCUGUAAUGUAUCCAUUAUAUAUGGAUAUAAAUUAAAUAACUAUAUAUUUUAAAUCAAGGAUGCAUAUUUUGUUGUUGUUUUAUAUAAGUUAUGUUUUAUAGAUAUUGAUGAAGAUUCUGAAAUAAGGUUAUUUUCAAUGUUAAUUGAAAUAUGUCGGAAUCCAAAUGAUGAUCCAGAAUGUUUUGUUUUUGUUUUUGAUAUUAAUCAGUGGUAUAAAGCUCAGAUGCCAUCUGUUAUAAGCCAUCUUAAAGUGUCUAAUAUGUAUGCUAGUUUUGUGAAACUGCCUCACAAUGCUAAAUAUUUAGAUUUCAAUAUUUCGGAAAAAUCAUUGCGGCCAUUUGGUUAUAACUUUGGAAAUAAUAACAUAGAAGAACUUUACUAUCCAUCAUCUAUGUAUUUUGGUAAUUAUCAAUUAGGCUUAUGUUUUGCCCUAUUGUGAAUUGCAUUAUAUUUACUUACAUAUUUUCUUUCUUUAGAAUGUGAUUGUUUAGUCAAAGAUGAAAUAAUAAGUUUUAAACAUGCUGGUAUUCAACAAGAAAUUUUGGAUCAGUUGCUUUUAAAAAGUUGGAAAUUAUUAAUAAAUCCAACUCUGGUAUUUAAUCAGUGUUUACAAACUAAUUUAAAGCCAUUUUUUUGGGAUAAGACAGAUGAUUAUGUCAAUUAUAGUUUGGUAAUAAUAUUUAUUAUGCCGGUUCAUUUUUUCUAUAAUUUAUGUUAAAUAUCAUGUUUUUAGCCUGACCAAAGAAGUUUUUUAAUUUCCAUAUUAGUAGAAAACAAAUUAAUGUCUGUAAUUAGUGCAUGUGCCGAAGAAUGGAAAAAUGGAACAUAUAUUUCUAGUGAAGCUACUAUAUUACAUCUAGUCCAAUGUUUGUGGAAGCAUGUCAUGGCUGUGAAACAAUAUGCUGAUAAAUUAUGUUAAUAUUAAUUUCAUUAAUUAUAUUAUAUUCAUAAAUUACUAGUGAAAAAUUUUAAUUAUUUUUAGGUGUUCCGCUAUUUGACUAUUCUGGUACUCAGAUGGACAAAAAAAAUCAAAAAAUAUUAAGUUAUUGUUUGUCACAGAUGCAAUGUGUUAAACAUUUCCUUGAAUACUUAAGCAAUGCAUAUGGAGCUAAUAUAAUUAAUGGUAUUUUAAAUUAUAAUAUAGUAUUUUAAUAUUUCACAUUUGAUUUACAUUUAUAAAAAUAAUUCAUACUCUUGGAAGAAUACUGACACAACUCAAAAAGUAAGAUUUUUGAAUAAAUAACCAUCAAAAUAUGCAAAAUGUCAUUCUUUUAAUUUUGUAUUCUUGAAUGUUUUUAUUUAAUUAAUAUUCAAGAUAGUAUGAUUUGAAUGUCUUUAUGUCAGCUUAAAAUAAAUUAUAGUUUCCAGCCUAAAUAAUGACAUUUCUAAGAUGUAACUUUAUUCUGAACUGCCAUAUAUUACAAAACAUUUUUUUAAUCAAAAUAAAUUCUUAUUUCAAAAGUAACACUUUUAUAUGAGAACAAUUUUAGUAAACUAUGAAGAAUUAAAAAAACAUUAAUAGUAGAUUUUCCAACAUUUUCAUAUUUUUAUUUGUGUCACUAUUUUUUCAGGAGUAUGAAUUGUAUAUAAUUUAGAGGUAUAAUAUGCAUGAUGAUUAUAUUAUAUGACUUUUAUUUAUCACUGGAGUUUGUAAUUGAUUUUUUAAAGUAAAAUUUACUUAAAUAAACUGAAUCUUAAUUUAAUAACUGCUGUAAAAAUUAAAAUUAUUUAAUAUUUAAAUUUAAAAGUUCACACUACAUUUUUUUAAUUCAUUUGAAAUUUAUUACUGUGUAUUUAUUAUUUAAAAAUAAAGGUGUUCCAAUUCGAUAAUCUAUAUAAGUUAUGUUUACUUAAUUUAAUGAAUAUUGUUAUUUUAUUUUAGUUGAUUACUCUUAUCGUGUGUUCACAUUAAACUUGGUUACGGAAUAUUUUAAAGCAGUUAUAUGCUUUCUGAAUUAUGGCCUUUUACCAGAAUCUCAUGAAAUAGAUUCUAUCAAUCAUAUUAUACAAUGUGAUUUUACAUCAUUAAUACAAUAUGCUGUUAAGCGGUAUGUUAUUAGUUCAAAUAACAAACAAAAUGUUUAUAUGAAAUAUUUAAAUUAUUUUUAGACGGACUGAAUUUGGAAAUUUGAAAUUUUACUUAAUUGAUGCAAUUGUAUAUAAUGAUCCUAAGGGAAAUAAAUUAAUUGAACAAUGGCAACACGAAGGAUGUGAAAUAACUAAAGGCUUGUAUCCUCCAUCUAAUGUUCAAUGCCUCCUGAGGAUUUAUUUAAAUGCAGCUUUAACUGAUACAGUGAAAAAUUUCAUUACUAUUUAUUUUUUGAUUGAUGUCUGCGCUUCACUGAAGUUAGUGAUUAUAUUUGUUAAAUUUAUUUAAACUAAAAUUUGCAUAUUUUAGCUUGGAUAUAAAAGUUGCUAAUCGGAUGUGUAACUUUGCUCUUGAAUUUGAUGUUGAAAAUAAAAUAUUGAACACAUUAUGUCGUGCAAGUUGGUUAUUUGAUCAUGAUAUGUUUGAAGUAAAUUUUAAUUGUAUUUAUUAAGAGUUAUAACAUUGAUUAAAUAUAUAUAGAUAGCCCAAAGCUAUGCAAAAUAUGUAAUAGUCAUAAUUAGUACCAUAAAUUCUCAAACAAUAGCAUUAGCAAUUUUAUUAACAAAAAAAAAUUAUAAUUGAAAUAAGAUAGGCAGUAGAAUUAUUAGAGGGCAAGAGAAGACCACAUUAUUUUGCAGACCAUCCAGUUUAAACAUUGGACUUGAGAUAAAAGUAAACUCCAAUAAGAAAACAACCUUUUGUGCAUUCUUGUCAGUCUUAUAAUUUAUAACAUUGAUGUACAGUGGUUUUUUACUGUUCAUUGAAAAUGUAUAAUAAUGUAUUAUAAUUUCAUGUUUUCUUAGUUUUUUGAAAGGUCAAUAAAAUAUUUUUGUCUUAUUGAAAAAUCUUAAAAAUUAUACGUUUCUCAUAUAUUUCUUUUCCAUAUAUUAUAAAAGUUAUGCGUAAUUUCGUAAACAAUUUUUAUCAUUGUUUCUAUUUUACAUAUUGACAAAUCAUAAAUAUUAUGGCCAUAAGGCUUUUCAAAACAUCUGUAACCAACUGCUCAGAAUAGUUUUUUUUAGCAAAGAUUAAUCUGUGCAUACUGGUGUACAUUUUAUGUCUUAGAUUCUGAGCAGAGGGGGGGAAUAUAAUGGUUUUAAAAUGAUGUUUUUUUUAUUAUUUUAUGUGUACAAAUAUUUUUCCAGAAAUCUUGCUUCAAUCUCCAAGUAUAGAACAUUUCUAGAAAGAAAUUUCCUUGGAGUGAUACUUUAAGAAGGUCAUUUUUUUAAAAACAGUUUUUUACAAGAAUUGAGAAAUAAUGAAAACAUUUACAAAAAUUAUGCUUUUGUUGUAAUUAAAUUUAAAAUUAAACUAGUGUCAUUAAUUUUAACACCAGUUUGAUUUUUAAGGGGAAAUUUACAUGGGUUUGUACCAACAAAUUUCUUGAUGAUUACCAUUAGAAAUGUAAUAGUGUCGAAAACUGCACUUUCUGAUUUCAAAAUUCAAACUUAUUUUUGAGCUCCAAUUUUCUUGAUUUCUUAUUGAUAAUUUUUAACAGUACAUUGAGCUCUAUGUAUAUUUAAUUAAUGGUGAUAGCUACUAUGUUUAAACUAUUUUGUUUUAUUUAUUUAUUUAUUUUUUUUUUUUGUGAAGGAUGCUAUUAAAGUAUUAUCAAAUGAUAAUGAUUGGUCAAAAAUUGAAAGUAAAUCAUGGAAUUGGUUUCAUUGGACUGUUUUGAAAUUGCUUGUAUUUAAAAAGGAAUAUUUUUGGGCACAAAUUUAUAUGAAAAUCACCAAGAUGGAAUUUGUGAAUGUUGAAGAACAGAAGUAAUCCAAACAUAAUUAGAAUAAUUGUUUUUAACAAUGGCAUAGUUUAGAAUAGAUUUUAGGAAGAAAUCUAUUGUUAAGGGAUCAGGUGCCAGCGAGUUUUUUGCUCAUUACAUACAUAAUGGGAAAAUUUUAAAAUCCAGCAGUGGACCCCUCAAUCAUUUAUGACAAAACUUUUAACCUUCUCCCUAACUAUUUUGAUGCUAAAAUUUCAUGUAGAACAUGAAAUAUCCUUACUAGAAAUUGAAAUAUUGUAUAGUUGUGAUGAUAGCUCUGCUGCUUCAGAUGUAUGUUUUUAAAAACACUCGUUUUAAAUUGAAUGUAAAAUAAAUUUUCAAGUUUAAUAAUAAAAAUAAAAUUACCAAUUAAAAAAAAAAAUAUUUAACUUCUUAGUUAUUCUGAAGAAUAUAAAUAUAGCUUUUAUUCAUAUUCAGCUUAAGAAAUCUUCAAUUAUUUAUUUACUAUAAUUUAUUUUGUUUUCAGAUUUUAUAUAAACUUACAGAUCAUGAAUAAUAAGUCAUUUGAUGUUUUUAAUUUUAUCCAUGCAAGACCAAUUAAUAAACAUAUAUUAUAUGAAUAUCUUUUUGAUCGUAUGUUUCAUGAAUAUUAUCACCAUAAUAUAUAUUCAAAUUAUAAAUUAAUGUUUUAUAUUUGUAUGUUUGCAAUAUUUAGGACUCAAAGAAGUUAAAAAUUUAAAAUGUUUGAUAGAAUAUCCUUUUGAAUGUGAUGAAGAAGAACUAUUCCUUAAUUAUUUAAAACGAUUUAAAGACAUGGCAACAAUUACUAUUAAACUAUUAUUUUUAUUACAACGAGGAAGGUAAGUUACACUGGAAUGACACCUAUUAUGAAAAUAUAUGUUUUCCCUUAAAUUAUAUGUUUAUAAUCUGAAUAAUGAAAGAAAUGUAUUAGUUUAUAAUGAUGUGUUUUUUUAUCUGUUGAUAAGUUUUUAUACUAGACAAUUUGCCUGGAUUAUGCAUAGAAAAAGUUAUUUUUUGAUUUUAUUUGUUGUGAAAAAAUAAUUUUAAAUACUUGACAUUUUUAACAAUUACCAAUUAUAUUAUUACUAAUUGAAAUUUUCUAGUUUUAUGUUGAUAACAAUAUUGUAAUUUCAUUAUAUUAUUUUUUUUUUAAAUUAAAAUUUGUUAGAUUAACAUCUAUAAUUUAUUUACUAGUUAUGAAUUAAUACAAUGUACAAUUUAAAUCAUUCAUAAGAUAUUUAAUUUAACUGUAAACAAUCUUCUAUCGGUGUUAGUAAUUUAUUGUUCCUUAACAUGGCCUACACAGGAUGCUAAGUGUUUUGUUUUUUUAUUUUUUUUAUGAAUCUGUCAGUAUUCAAUACAGAUGCCUUUAAAAAAUUUAACUAUUCAUAAUUUUAAAAACUAAAGUAAAAACAAAAUUAUUAAAAUGGCAAAUAAUCAUAAAUAAAUGAAUGAAUGUGUCUUCUGGAGUAUUAUGAUAAGUGUAUUAUACUUUUCUACAAUCCUCCUUGAGUUUUUUUUUAUAAUUUUUGUGAAAACAUUCAGUAGCUCUAACUAUGACAAAAUCUCUAUUUUUUUAAUAGAUGUUGUAUUAGCAAUGACUUUAACUUUAAUUAGAAUUAAACUUUAGUGCAGAUGCUAAACUUGGUUUAGCUCUGUAAGGUUCUUCAUUGUCAGAAAGGAUGAAAAACUGAAAACAAUUCAAAAUUGAUACAUCUGUAUGAGCUUUAAGAGUAAUUGAAUGAACUCAGUUACUCAGAUUAAAAAUUUGACAUUUUGUGGAGUUCAUUCUAUUACUCUUUAAGAUCGUAUAUGUACAGAUCACGUGGACACCAUACUGCCAGCAGUUCUAAAACCUGUGACAAUACUAUACUUAAGAAUACAAUAAUACUUGGCUUGGCUCCUGUAAUUUUUUUUGUAUUUAGUUUGCUAAUAUUAUUUUGCUUAGUUAGUCUGUACAUUUUUAUAUACACCACUGGCGCAUUUUUUAAAAAUGCACAUAGAGUUUGUGGUUUCACAGUACCUCACCAUGCUGUGCAAGUGGAAGGAGAUGGUUCCUACUCUUUUUAUUCAUUAUUGUAUCUCAUGUAUGGCACUGCCUCACAUGUGCUUUGUUUAUAAGCAAGAAAUUUGUUGUAGAACACAUUUGUAAAAACUGACAAUGGUGGUUUGAACUGUACAGCAUGAUGUAGUGUGAUAAUAUUUACAGACAGAUCAUGUGUCCCUGCAUACCACUUAUGUAACUCUAAUGUUAUACUUAUGCAUUUAAGUAAAUUAAUAAAUUUUGCAAUAAUUAAUCGCUAAUGUAUUAACAAUCAAGUUGUGUAUUUUUAAAAUAAUUGUAAUAAUAUUAUGAAAGGUGUUAUUUAUUUAAUGUUACGGAUUACCAUAAUAACAUGGAUGAAAUAUAAUAUAAUUUUAAAAAUAUUUUAUGUUAUAAAACCGUCCAUGAGUGGAUUGGUGUAAUACAGCUAGUUUAAUUUAUAUUUUUACACAACAAUAAUUCACUGAUAAAGAAACUGUUGAACCAAUUACACAACUCAUCACAUCUAAAGUUGAUGAUUGGGAAAAUUGAUUUUUCGUAGAAUAGUUUUUCAUAAACAGACAAAAAAACACAUACCUAACUGUAACAUUCCUCAUUAUGCUCAUAAUACAAAAUAAUCACAUUUUAGGUAUUUAGAAGCAAGUGAACAAAAAAAACUAUUUAGAGGCAACAACAAAUCAAAAUGCAAUGAUGCACUUGCAAUAACUAAUCUUUUAGUUAAUGGAUUUGAUAAAUGUACACCAGAUAUAAUGAAAAAAAAAUACAUUUGCCCUCCAGUUAAAAAUUUGUAUAAAAAAACCGGUUUGUUUUAUUUUUUGUACAUUUUUUUACAAUCUCAUAUUUUAAUUAAUUAACUUAAAUUUUUAAAUGUUUUAGAUGUUGUUUUAAAAUAUGUAAAUUCUGAUAAUAGAAUAUUCAAUAUAAUAGAAGAGAAAAACGAUUCAGUAAAAAUUAGUGAUCCGAGUAUACAAUCAAAUCCUAUGUAAGUAAUAUUAACUACAUUAUUCUUUAUUGAGUUAUAUUAGUAAACAUGCAUGUCUAUACAUAAAUUAUUUUUGGUUUUUAUAGUAAUCUUAUUAUACCAUUACAUAAUGAUAACAAGAAGAGGUCUCCAACAUUUGAUAUAGUUCCUAUUUUAAAGCGUAAAAAAAUUAAUGAUACCACAUGUUCGCCAAAAGCCAUUGAUGAUAUUCCUAAACCAAUGAUUCAGAAACAAGAACUAGAAAUUCUCAAUACACCAUUAGUUACAAAGAGUAUUAGUCAGACUUUGGUUAAAAAUAUUUCAUCUAUAUUAAAGGUAAUAACUGAUAAAUAAUUAUAUUUUUAAUAUAAACAUUGAAAUAAUUCAAAAGUUGUAAUAUUGUAAGAUAGACUUUGUUAAAACAUAAAAUAACAUUUUCAAAUAUCAAGAUAAGACAUAAUAAUAAUGUUAUUAAAUGUUAUCUAGAAAAACAAAAUAAGACUAUAUGUGAGUGACUAUUAUAAAAUCAACUCUCAUGUAUGGUUGUGAGGCUUAAAAAAUCAAGCAAAUAGAAACUUGAGGACUUUUGGAGAACAGAGUAUAUAGGGAACUAUGUGAACCUAUUAUUGAUAGAACAAUGGGUGUAUCUGACAGAGAAAAUUAUAAUAAAGAGUUUUACAAUAUUUUAGAACUAAUACUAAUAAUGAGUUUUAUUAAGAACCAAAGAAUAUAAUGGUUUGGUCACAUAAUGAGAAGGAAAAGACAACAAAGUUACAGUAGCUUUGGAAUGGAAUCCAUAAGGAAAGAGACCCUAGGAAAAAAUGAAUUGGUGUGGUGAUGGAGGAUCUAAAACUGUUAGGAAUUGACUGGAGAGAGGCAUCUCAAAAUAGAGAUUGAUGGCGGAAGUCUAUUAAUGUCUGUUAAAAUUAUUAGGUGUAAUAUUUUAAGCUUAAAAUAAGUCAAAUAGACAUAUAGUUGAUAGUUGUUACCGGUUGAUAAUUUUUAUUUUUAUAUUUUUCUAUAAUAAUGAAAAAUAUUUGUGUCCUUUCUAUAUAAACCUCACUAUUAAUUAAAUUAUCUGGAUUGUGGUGACUGAGGUAGUCUUCCCAAAUUACUAAUUUCAUUCUUUUCUAUUCCUAUCAAAUAAAAAAUACAUAAAUAAUCAAACAUCAUCAGGUAACUUAGCUAGUCUUUAUAAUAUAAAUAAUGAUUAAACGAAAAUAAUUGUUCAUUCAUAUUUUCAUAUUCUAUGACUUAACUUUCUGAUAUAAAAUCGGUGCUCAGUAGUAAUAAAAUAUAUUUUAGAAAUUAAUUGUCAAUUUAAAUUAUAUAUUUUUAGACAAGCUCUGCUAAAAAAGUUAACCAAACAUGUUCAAUAAAAUCUGAUACCAUUGGAUCAAAAACCUCAUUAAGAUUCAGUUUACCUGGUAAUAAUAACACUCAACCAAUUGAACAGUAAGUUAUAACAGUUAUUUUUAAAAAUAUUUAUUCAUAAUAUGUAAUUUAAUUUAUUGCAAAUAAAAAUUCUAGUUAAUGCCUCCUUUACAUUCAGCCAUUGCCACUGCUCCUCAUGCUGUCUUAUUAACUUCCCAAAAUAAUUUAGUGGCAGCAGUGAGUCUUUACAUUGCCUUGCUAUUUUUACAGCAUUAUCAGCAACUUAACAUGUAGUGAUUGCGUGUUUACAUUCUACUAAAUCAGUUACCACCAAGUGUGUGUUGUACUCGUACUAUUUGCAUAUUGUUUUUUUUAAUUUUACGUGCCUAUAUCUCAAUUAUUGACUUUCAACAUUCCAGCUGAUUGGAGCAAAAAAUCAAUAAUACAAUUAUUAAAACUGUAUGAGACUGAAAGAGUCAUAUAGGAUCCCCAAUAGACAAAAAUCAUAAAUUAAAACAUAAAGUACAUGAAAUGUUUUUUUUUUUUAAAACACUCACAUCAUUUAUAUCAGCAGACAGAGUGCCGAAUUGCAAUUAUUUCAGUAUUCUCCAUUGAGUGAGGUUGAAUAUGAGGUCAAACAAAGUACACACACACACGAAAGUAAAAAAAUCACAAAAAUUACGUGCACAUAACUGUCUUCUUCGCACAAUUGUGUGAUAACUGCAUUUGAACAGAAUGUAAGCAUGUACACAUUGCUGGUUAUAUUUCUACUUGCACUGCUCAACUUACAGCAGGGAUAAUACAAGGAGUAUGAUCAGUGCGAGUGAUGUGCUUACAUACUCACCCUGCUGACUUUCAUGCCCACUUCCCUGCUUACUGCCAGGAAGUGAAUUGAAUGUAAACAAGAUAUAAUAGGAAACAUGUAGGGAUAUUACAAACUGUUUGAUUUUUGAUCUAAAUUAAACUGAAAAAUUAAAAAUAAUUGAACCAAACCAAAUACCCAAUAGUUUGUUUCAAAAAUCAUUCUAUGCCCAUUACAAUUAUCAUUACAGUUCAUUAUGUGUAAUGUAGCAUGCAGCAUCAGUAUGAGAAAACCAUAGAUACAAAAAUAGAGUAUUUGGCUAUUUUAUAACAUUUCUGAAACUGUUGAUUUUUUUAUGUUCAGUUGAAGUUUGAUAAAUAUUUAAAAAAGUUUGAUUUAUUCUGUUUAGGCUCUUUAAUAUUAAGGAAAGUUUGGUUCCUGAUCCGUUAAACCUUUGAGCUGAUCUGGAUUUGUAUCAUUAAUUUAAAAAAAGAACUGGGAAUGAGUCUGGCCAUUGUUUGUAUGUAGGUAGUUGGGAAAGUUGAAUAUAUUAAGUUAUUUAAUUUAUUCCAACUAUAAACCAUUUUAACAAAAAAAUAAUUAUUCAUGAAGUUUAGUUAUACAUGUUUUGAAAAGCCAUAAUAUUUACGAUUUUCAUCAAAAUUUAACUUUAAAACUUUAUAAAAAAUAUUAUAUUACACUCAAUUUGUUUUUUCACCACCAUUUACAACUUAUAGUGAACCUUCUGUCAAAUGUUCAAGCAUUUCUGUUUAGUCUUAACAAUUUUAUCCACCAAGUUCCUACCAAAUAAAAAUUACAUAAAAACCAGUGAAGUUAAAAUGUCUAUAAAUAGUUUGAAAAUCUCACAAAUGUUUUGAAAGUUUUACCGUAUCUAGAAAAAGCAAAUAUAAGUUUUAUGCCCAAAUUUAAAAUAAUUUUAAACUGAAUCACAACAAAAACCAAAAUUAAAAAUUAUAUAAGUAUUAAAUCAUAAAUUGUUCUGUUAUUUCUAUGUAUUUUUCGGGGUUUGAUUUUUGAAUCAUUUUAAUAAUAACAUUUUAAACUUGUACCAUGUUAAAUGUAAUACCAGGCUAGUUUAAAUAUUCUGUGAAACUUUCAAGUUACUAUAAUUACUUUUAACUGAAACUGUUGUAUAAUUUAUCUUAAUUUUUUUCUAAUUAUUCAGAAAACCAAAUAAACUAUUCCUUGUAUAUAUAUUUAUAUACAGUAAAAGCUGCUUAUUAGGAAUACGGAUAAUUGAUACAAUUGCACUAUUGGAACAAAAUGUAUAUGGAUGGACUUGUUGUAUAUUAAUAACUAUCUUUUAUUAGAAAAAAUCGGGUUCACUUCUGUCUCAAAGUGUUCCUAAUAAGCUAUUGUAUAUAAGCUACUGUAUAUAAAAUAACAUUUCUUGACUGACUGAUUCAUCAUCGCCUAGUCCUGACCACUGGACAGAUUUGGCUGAAAUUUAGCACACAGAUAGCUAUUAUAAAUCCGCUAAGAAAGGAUUUUUAAAAAUUCAAUUUGUUUUAAUCAAAUGGUACCUUGGUGAUGAUAAUUUGUUUGCUAUGGAAAAGAAAACUUAUAAUUAUUAUUAUUACUAUUAUUUACACUAUUAAAAUUUCACAAUAGAAUACAUUUAGUCUAUCGAAGUUGGACUACCCGCUUCCCACCUAUUAGUUUUCAUUCAAUUCUCAAAUAAAUAUGGGUAAAAUAAUUAUAAUACAAAUUGGCAUGGGCAACACUGUGCGUGAAUAAACUAUUAUUUAUAUAUAAAAUAACUUAUCUUGAUUGACUGAUUGAUUCAUCAUCUAGCUUUAUGAGAUUUUAGUACGGUUAUUGUGAAUAUGGUGGCUGACAUUAAUUCAAAUUUUGAUUCAAGUUCAAGAUUUAAAUUUAAAUAUGACACGUUACAAAUACCUGUUCCUAUAAAUCUGGGAUGAUCAACUGUGAUUUUAAUACUGUAUACCAUAAAUCUAGGUGCAAUAAUCUAACAUAUUUUUUGUUAUUUUUUCUUAUUACCUUAAUAUCAACGAAAGUAUGGUUAUUAUUGUUGAAAAGUGUCAUAAAGCUAUUACAGAUAAAUUGAUUAUUUUAAUUUAUAAAGUUUAUUAACACAGAGCUAUACUACAGUAAUAUAUGCUAUAUUUUUUUUCAAUAUAUCUUGGAUAAGAAUUCUCUUUGAAAUAUUAAAAUAUAGAGUUGUUUUGCUAAUUUUUGGUUGUCACAAUACGCAGGCAUUAAGUAAAGACAUCUACAUACAACCUAUAAAUGUAAUAUAAAAACUGAUAGAAAAAAGUUGUAGGUAAUAAAAAAAAACUGCACACAGUCAAAGCUGGGUUAUUUAGCUAAUAUUAUUGUAUUAUAUAUGUGUGUAACUUAUAAUUUUAUUUUUAUAGAAAUAUUAUCAAAGAGAUCGUGGAAACAUCAAAAAUUGAUAAUCAACGAAUUUACAGCAAUAAAAACAGAAAUGAUAUAGUUAAUAAAUCUAUCGCACAAUCACUUAGUUUGAAUGAAAUAUUAGAAGAGAAUUCUAAAAUAGACCAAUGUAAACCAAUGGAAAUUUGUGCAGAAUUUGAAAUUAGUGACAUUUUUCAUCCAAAUAGUAAUAUUAAUCAAAUUAAUCACAAUUCGUUAAAUAAAAAAGUUAUUUUGUUAUCAGAUAAAGAAGAGGAAAACAUUAAAAAUAACACUAAAUUAAUUCCUGAAACACCCAAUUGUUCAACUUCUAAAGCAUAUCUAUCUGAUUUGACAUCUAAUGAGAAAACAGAUAACAAACAGUUAAAUGUACCUGGAAACACAAAUGAAACCUCUCAUCAGCAUUCAACAAAUACUGUUUUUAAAAAUGAUAAUGUACAGUCAAAUAUACAAGACAAUUUAUGUAAUAAAUCCAAAUCUUUUAUUAAAAACAUACCAGUUAUAUCAUUAGAUUCUGAUACAGAAUCUAAUUGUUCUUGCUCUGUAAAAACAAAUGGAAAUGGUUCAUCCACCUCUGGGGAAGUAAGUGAAGAACAGAGUAUAUCUUCUGAUGAGCAAUCAGUAGAUGACGAACAAAGUGUAUAUUCUGAUGAGGAACAGAGUAUAUAUUCUGAUGAACAAAUUGAUAAUAAACAGAAUACAGAUUCUAAUAUACAACUAAUAGAUGAUGACCAGACUACAGAUUCUGAUGUGCUACUAAUAGAUGAUGACCAGAAUACAGAUUCUGAUAUGCAAUUAAUAGAUGAUGAAUCAGUGGAUAAUGGCCAGAUUACAAAUUCUGAUGUGCAACCAACAGAUAAUGAGUCAGUGGAUAAUGACCAGAUUACAAAUUCUGAUGUGCAACCAACAGAUAAUGAGUCAGUGGAUAAUGACCAGAAUACAGAUUCUGAUGUGCAAAUAAUAGACGAUGUGGAGUCACUAGAUGAUGUGCAAAUAAUAGAUGAUGUGGAGUCACUAGAUGAUGUGCAAAUAAUAGAUGAUGUGGAGUCACUAGAUGAUGUAGAAUUAGUAGAUGAAGAGCAGGAAACGUCUUCUGAGGUGCAUUCAAUAGAUGAUGAGUCAGUAGAUGAAGAACAGGAUGUAUCAUCUGAUGAGCAUUCAGUAGAUUAUAGUCAAUCAGAUGAGAGUGAUUUAGAAAUCACAAGAUCUGGUCGAUUUAAAUAUCAACAAAAUAUAAAAGAUGUAGAUUUAGAAGAAGAAACUGAUGUUGUGGAAAAAAAAAGAUAUGAAGAUAUUGAAGAUAUUGAAGUUGAAAAAAACAUUUUGAAUCAACAGAAUGCAUAUGAAAAAAUGAAUGACUCGAUAGAAGAAGAAAUUUUAAGUCAGCAGAAUGCAUAUGAAAAAAUAAAAGACUCAAUAGAAAAAGAAAUGUCGAGUCAACAGAAUGCUUAUGAAAAAAUGAAUGACUCAGGUAAUACCACUGAACUCAUGAAAAGUGAACAUGUGAACUUGUGUGAAAAUCCACUAACAAAUGUAUAUGAAUAUGACACUAAACACAAUUAUUCUGUAGCUCUAAACUUGAGUAAAUCACAUAAUUCGACCUCUUUUGAAUUUGAUCGUAUUAAGGAAACUCACCAUCAUAGUAACAGUAUUGAAGACAUAGAAGUUCACUAUGUAGUGGAAAAUGAAAAUAUUGUUGAUUCAAACCCAAAUGACCAAACAAAUUUAAAAGAAGAUGAAUAUGUGAUAGGCAGUCAAAAUGUAGUCGAAAAUGAAAAUAUUGCUUAUUCAAACUCAAAUGACCAGACAAAUUUAAAAGAAGUUGAAUAUGUGAUAGAUAUUGCUUAUUCAAACUCAAAUGACCAGACAAAUGCUUAUUCAAACUCAAAUGACCAGACAAAUUUAAAAGAAAACUCAAAUGACCAGACAAAUUUAAAAGAAGUUGAAUAUGUGAUAGGCAAUCAAAAUGAAGUCGAAAAUGAAAAUUUUGCUUAUUCAAACCCAAAUGACCAAACAAAUUUAAAAGAAGAUGAAUAUGUGAUAGGCAGUCAAAAUGUAGUCGAAAAUGAAAAUAUUGCUUAUUCAAACCCAAAUGACCAAACAAAUUUAAAAGAAGUUGAAUAUGUGAUAGGCAGUCAAAAUGUAGUUGAAAAUGAAACCAUUGUAGAUUCAAAUCCAAGUUAUCAAGACAAUUCAAAAGCAGUCAAAAAAUAUGUGAUAGGCAGUCAAAAUGUAGUUGAAAAUGAAACCAUUGUAGAUUCAAAUCCAAACCAUUGUAGAUUCAAAUCCAAGUUAUCAAGACAAUUCAAAAGAAACUAUUGAAUAUAUGAUAGGAAGUCAAAAUGUAGUCAAAAAUGAAAAUAUUGUAGAUUCAAAUCUAAGUAACUCAGACAAAAAAGGAACUAUUAAAUAUGUGCAUGAAACUAACUCAGGAAAUAUCUUAAUUAAUAAAGAUAAAUCAUAUAACACUGAGGUUGAACCAGUUAAUAAUGAAAAUAGUAUACAUACUGAUGAAAAUGACUUUAAAAUGCUAAGUAAUGAAUCUAAUUUAGUUUCUUGUAAUGAUUUCAAAAAUCACACAAUAUCUAAAACAGAAUUAAGUCAACAAGAAAAUAUAGAAAUUAAUCAUGUUAAUCAGCCAACUCCAUUUUUGUUUGGUAAAGCAUUUUUCGGCCAACAAGAAAAACUUGAAAACAAACCAUUACUUUUUGGUCAACUUUAUACCUCUGAAAAAGAACAAGUAGUGGAUUUACACAAUGAUGAACUAGGAAUCCAAAAUGUGAUUUCAAUCAACAACCACGAAGAAGAUAUACUUAUUAAUAAAGUACCAGAAGAAAGAGAAGUAAUUGAUGAAAUGCAGGAUAUAUUAGAAUUGGAAUCAUUACCUGAAAGUAACCCUGACGAAAAUACAGAUGUACCUUUAAUCUUAAAUACAAAUGAAGGUAAUCAACAAUCACUCAAACAAUCCUCUGUUUUAUUAGGUACUUAUCAAUUAUCAAAAACCAUUAAUUCAACAUUGGUAUCUAAGAUGGAAAUGAAAAGCCAGCAGCCCCUACUUCAAGAUGUAACCAAAAUAAAAAACCCACCGAUGGAUCCUUCAAAUUUACAAAAGUUUGACAAAGAACAGUCAUUUGCAAAAGAAUCUUCAACCAAUCAGUCAGAUAGAAUAAUUAUAACUCGAUCAAGGGCUAAAAGUGUAUCAAGUAAAUUAGAAGGAAAUCCUAAUCUAUUCAGACUUUUUGAUGGGGAUGAUAGCAAACAAGUUAGAGUAUCAUUAAAUAGAAAAAAAUCAAAAAGUCAAGAAAAUAUUUCUUUAACAAAACGAAAGCGUGAAAAGUCCAAAUCACCUAUAGAUAAUUUGAUAACUACUAAAAAGACUGUGUUUGGUUUAGAAAAAAUUCCUGAAGAAGGAAGUUGUUCAAAUGUAGAUAAGACUAUUGAAACUAAACCUACUAAAAAAUCAAAAUUUAAUUUCUUAAAACAUACAUCAAAAGUUGUUAAGCAUGAAAAUUUUAUACAUUUACAAGAAGAUAUUAAAGUAAAAACGCCAAAGAAAUCUAAAUCAGUCUAUUCGGAACCAGCAGCAACAAUGUCUGUAGUGAAAAAAAAUAGAUCUAAAAGAAGUUCAAGUAUUAAUUUAGUAAUUUCAGAUGAUGAAAGUGUUACUGAAAAUGAAGGUUAUAUGGAAGUUUUGCAAAAAGCACUGGGGCCAAAUACAAAGAAAUCAUUUCGAGCUGCUUCAGUACCAAAUAGAAAAAAACCAAAAAUGAUAACACAAAAACCAUCAAUUGAUGAUUCUAGACCUAAUUUAAAUGAAACUAGUACAACUUCAGAAGAUUCUAUUACUCCUCAAAUAUCACCCAUUGAAGGAAAUAACUCUAAGCAUAUGUUGAUUACUCCUGCCAAAUACCAAACUAAAGUGCCCAUGAAAUCAUUAGAGAGUGAAACUGAUGAUUCUUCUUCCGAUGAAUCUACAAAUUCUAAAUGUUUGGCAAGAUCAAUGAUCAUAAAGGUUAGUAAAAAUUGUACAAUAAAAUAUGGUCAACUUUUAAAUUUUAUUGUAAUUGAAAUAUUCUAUGGUUUGUAAAUUUGUAUUAUUAUGUUUUGUACCACACAUAGUUAAUGUUCAUGUUUUUUUUUUUUUGUAAAGGAAACUAUAGUUCCAGCAUUUACGCCAGAUAGACGUGUAACUCGUUCCCAAACAUUGAAUUUAGAUAAUUCAUUACAAUCUACAUCUUUGAUUGGGUAAGAGUAAUAACUAAUUAAAUUUAUUAAAUCCUCAAAAAUUAAAUUAAUUUUUUUCAUGGGACAAGGGCAUGCUCUGAAAAUUAAAUUUAGGUGGUAAAAGAUUGUAUUUAUAUUAACUAUUUAUUUUUUUUUGACUAUGAAUGUAGAUGCACAAACAUAUUUUGUUCAUUGAUAUCCUUGGGUUUAAUUCGAACCUCAUGAUACACUACAAGUACAGUGUUGAUAAAGGAUAAGUCCAAAUUCCAAAUAAUAUUUAUUGUACAUGUUGCUCUUAUUUUCAGAAAUAGAUUAUUAUAUAAAUUAAUGAAUUUAAGAUUCAAGUAUGCUAAUAUAAAUCAUUUUUGACAUUAGUUGUAUUAUAUGUUUCAGGCAUGAUCAGACUGAAAAAGGGCUGAAAUCCGGUACAAAAAAAACAGUUAAACGAAAGAACUCUAUUAAUUAAAUAAAACUUAAAACAUAAUAUUUACAUUCUUUUUUUUUUUAAUAAUUAAUAAUAUAUAAUUUUAACUAGUAUUUCGUGUCUUCAUUUAUACAUUAAAAUAUUAUUUGAAAUUUAAAAAUAGAAAUUAUCUUCGGUUUUCAAUUUAGUGAUGCUGUUGAUUUCAAAUAAUUUUAUAAUAAUUUACUUUGAUUUAACUUCUUUAGGUAUAUAAAGUUUAAUUUGUUAAAACGUAAAUAAUUUUUAAUUUCUUAAGUAUUCAAGUGCAAAUAAAACAAAAUGUGCAUUAUUUAAUUUUUAUUGAUGUAACAUGUUUUCUGUUGUAAUAAAUACUGUUAAUUAUGA